GAAAUGCUGCUCAUGCUGACCACCCUGCUCAUUCACUUGACAUGGGCAGAAGAGCCCAUCUGUAGGCUAUUAGGAAGGCCAGAUAAACCUUUACUUGAAAAAAAUGGAGAUAUUAUAAUUGGGGGCAUAUUUACUAUCCACAGCAGCACUACUGGAGUCAAACCAACUUUCAGAAUUAUGCCAGAAGCACUGAAAUGCAAAAGCAUUAUCCUGAGAGAAAUUCAGUUUGCACAAACAAUGAUUUUUGCCAUAGAAGAAAUAAAUAAUGACAAAGAAAUAAUUCCUGGUGUUUCUCUGGGUUACAAGAUCUAUGAUGUCUGCUCAAAUAUACAUUUGUCAAUUAAAGCAACAAUGGCAUUAAUGAAUGGGGCUGAAGAUGGGCUACUUAGUGAAAAGUCCUGUACCCAACCAUCCACUGUCUACACCAUUAUAGGGCAGACAUCAUCAUCUCCAACAAUUGCAAUUUCAACAACUGUUGGUCCUUUCCGUAUCCCAGUGAUAAGCCAUCUUGCUUCUUGUGCAUGCCUUAGCAACAGGCAUGAAUUUCCUUCAUUCUUCAGAACCGUCCCAAGUGAUUACUAUCAGAGCAGAGCUCUGGUCCAGCUUGUGAAGUAUUUUGGAUGGACAUGGGUUGGCACAAUCCGAAGUGAUGAUGACUAUGGUAACAGUGGAAUUAGCACGUUUCUGCAGGUGGCUCAGAAGGAGGGCAUUUGCGUUGAAUAUCUAGAAGCAUUUACUAGAAAUGACCCCAGAGAAAAAGUUCUUAAAGUUAUAGAUGUCAUCAGAAUGUCUACUGCUAAGGUUAUUGUAGCUUUUCUACCUCAAGGAGAGAUGGUGAUUUUGCUGCAGGAGAUGGUGCAACAAAACAUUACUGGUUACCAGUGGGUAGGCAGUGAAUCCUGGAUUACUGCUAAAAACCUUGCUACUGAAGGUGGAUAUAAGAUUUUGGGAGGGUCAGUUGGAUUUGCAAUUAUGAAUGCAAUGAUCCCAGGUUUGAAGGACACUUUUGCCAAGGAGUUUUGGGAAACUGUUUUUAAUUGCACAUUCUAUAGUCAAGAGACGAAAAAUGUUUCCAAUGCUUGCACGGGUUAUGAGAGCUUAAGGGACGUGACUAAUUCUUACACAGAUGUAUCAGAAUUAAGAAUAUCUAACAAUGUCUAUAAAGCGAUAUAUGCGGUAGCCCAUUCACUGCAUAAUUUACUUUCCUGCAAAGAUAAAGAAGUUUGCAAAAAUAUGACAAAGAUUGAGCCAUGGGAGGUACUUCAUAACAUUAAAAUGGUCAAUUUUACAACAAAAAACGGAGAAAAUGUUUAUUUUGAUGAAAAUGGAGAUCCAGUUGCUAGGUAUGAAUUGGUGAACUGGCAACAUAAUAAAGAGGGAAAAAUAGAAUUUGUUACUGUUGGCCAAUAUGAUGCAUCAUUACCAGAAGGAAAACAAUUUUCAAUGAAUAAUGUCAAAAUUGUAUGGACAGCUGAAAUGACUGCAGUUCCUAAAUCUGUGUGCAGUGAGAACUGUUCUCCUGGAACUCGUAAAGGCAUCAGAAAAGGAAAGCCUAUUUGUUGCUUUGACUGUAUACCGUGUGCUGAAGGGGAAAUCAGCAAUAUUAUAGAUACUACGGAAUGCAUCAAAUGCCCGCUGGACUACUGGUCAAAUUCCGAGAGAACACAAUGUAUUUUAAAGGAUAUUGAAUUUCUAUCAUAUGGUGAAAUCAUGGGAAUUCUGAUGGCGAUUUUUUCAUUGUCAGGUGCUUGUUUAACAGCAGCCACAGCUCUGAUUUUCUUCAACUACAGAAAUACUCCGAUUGUUAAAGCCAAUAAUUCUGAACUCAGUUUUCUUCUUCUCUUUUCAUUACUUCUCAGUUUUCUUUGCUCUUUGAUUUUCAUCGGUGAGCCCUCUAACUGGUCAUGCAUUUUGCGCCAUACUGCAUUUGGGAUAAGCUUUGUUUUGUGUAUCUCAUGUGUUCUGGGGAAGACAAUUGUUGUGCUGGUUGCAUUUAGAGCUACCAUUCCAGGCAGCAAUAUUAUGAAGUGGUUUGGCCCCGCUCAGCAGAGGUUAUGUGUGUCUAUAUUUACAUUAAUACAAGUGUUAAUAUGUACUGUUUGGUUGAUACUAUUUUCACCAUUUCCAAAUAAAAAUACCAAAUAUUACAAAGACAGAAUUAUUUUAGAAUGUGACUUAGGAUCAACAGCUGCAUUUUACACUGUUUUAGGGUAUAUAGGAUUUCUUUCCAUUGUGUGUUUUAUUCUGGCUUUUUUAGGUCGCAAGUUACCAGAUAACUUUAAUGAAGCUAAAUACAUUACUUUCAGUAUGCUGAUAUUCUGUGCUGUGUGGAUCACUUUCAUUCCAGCUUACAUUAGUUCACCAGGGAAAUACACAGUAGCUGUUGAAAUCUUUGCAAUUUUAGCUUCUAGUUUUGGUUUGCUUUUAUGUAUUUUUGCUCCAAAAUGUUAUAUUAUAUUGAUAAAGCCAGAUAGAAACACUAAAAAGCAUUUAAUGGGUAAAUUCCCUUCAUAA